AUGGUCUCCCGAGAUGCAUCUAUUGCAGGUGAAGCUGCUUGCGAAACGAAUCCUCUAGGGCCAUUAAAACAUUCCGAAUAUGAAAAUGGCAGAUCCGGACCUGACACGGGUUCCUUCUACUCGAGCAAAACCUCUGCUACAGAACAGUACCAGCCCACUCCGGAGUCUAUCUUCGCCUCUCAGCACGAUGACCAAAUCAAUCUCUCGAGCUCGAUGUUGGGCUUCAACAAUGGAUCGGGAGACGACAUUCCACCCCCAAGAAGCCCCCUGACUCUCUCAUUGCCGUAUGUCACCGCGGCUGACCUGGCAUUCGCGGCGCUGCACUACUUACCGCUACCUGUCUUGGUACUUAACAGUCUCAAAACUGUUGUUCUAGCCAACGAGGCCAUGGGCAGGCUUUUGGGAUUCGAUGCCGAUGGGCCGACGGCAAUGACUGUGCAGGAAAGACUCAAAGGGCGGACUAUCUCGCAGGUCGGCAUAGACUUGCUCCAGGACGGCAAAGUAGCACGGCUAAAGUGGGAUAACUUUCUGGAUCUCGUGGCGGACAACGUGAGCUUGGGUCCCACCUUUCGGCCUACCGAAGGCGCAGACGGAUCAUCGACGCCAACUUGGGCCUCAGAGAACUCAGAUGCGAAGCAACCGCCUCGCCCACAAACCUGCGUCGACGUCAUCAUCUCCAAGGACGAUGUCGGCAAACCGAAAGCGACUUGGCCCCACCGAGUGUCCAAGUCCAACCCUGAGCUUUACACUUACGCCAAGAUGCUGAUAUCGGUGUGGGAAGUCGACGGGCAGAUGUACUUUACUCUGACUUUCACCAACACAGAAAGCAAGGUGGAUGCAUCGGCUCGGCACAAAAAAUCAGUUGCUCAGCCUAGUCUGAUCGAGGACGCAAAGUCAAGAUCAGUAUAUGCUACACACUCGUCAUCUACGGGGACAUCUAGUAUCGAAUCGCCGACAAGUUCUCAUAGUAGUCUAAUUACGCCGGUGAGCCUCGGCUUAUCGCCCUUUCCUCCGUUUGGCCCUCCGAACUCCAGCACAAAUCAAAACGGGCCUUCGAUUCUUACCAAGCUCCUUACGAUGAAGGAUGCAACGCUGGAUAAUUCGCAAAUGCCGAUUCUUGCCAUGUGGAAAGAUGGCUCUGCUUCUUUUCCAAACAAGGCGGCCAGGGCCAUGUUCCGGACCGAUCAGUCCGACGCUAGUGAAGGAGAUGCGCUUUUGAGGCGUUGGGACGUAUACGAUGAAGACUUUACUCAGGCUCUCGAGCCUCAGGAUUACCCCAUCUCAAUACUGCUGCGCACAGAAACGCCUUUCACGGGAAUCCGAAUAGGCAUGUAUAACCCGGAUGGCCAGAAGGUCGUGUUCGAUGUACUCGGUGAGGCGAUCAAAGACGAACAGACCGGCGAGUUUCUAGCAGGAGUCAUCUACUGCCGAGACGUCUCUCCGAUGAAGCAAAUCAUCAAUAACAUGAAGGAGCUGGAAGAUGAGAAGUUCAGGUUAAUCUGUGAUACUAUGCCUCAACUUGUUUGGACAACUACUCCUGAUGGCCGCCAUGAUUUCUACAACGACCGAUGGUACAGAUAUACAGGCUUAACCAAGGGCGACUCCCUUGGGCUCGGCUGGAAACACCCUUUCCAUCCCGAUGACAUGCCCGAAGCAGAAAGAAGGUGGGCCAGGUCGCUCGCAACCGGACAACCUUACGACGUAGAAUACCGAUGUCGAAACAAAGAUGGCGAAUGGCGUUGGAUGCUGGGACGUGCUCUUCCACUGAGAGACCCGGAGACCAAGGAAAUCAAGAAGUGGUUUGGAACCUGCACUGAUGUGCACGAGAGUAUACAGGCGAAAGUAACCGCAGAGCGCUUAAGAGAGCAGCUUUUGACUGUCAUAACACAUGCUCAUGUCACAAUAUUCACCGUGGAUAACGAUCGCAACGUCACUAUGCUAGAGGGGGCUUUGCGCUGGGACGCGACUGGAGAGAACUACAGAGACCUCGAGGGUGACUCAAAGUGGUAUGUGGGGCGUAAUAUGUAUGAGGUCUUCAACACUUUGAAUUCUCAUCUGGAAGACGGUGAACGCCCACGGUUUUUGGAGCCCAUCGAGGCCAUUUUGGCCGGCAAGUCAACGGAAGAUAUCCAAGAACAUGGGUUUGAUGGACGAUGGUAUCGGACGCGCUUCAUUCCGGUCAGCGCCAAGCUGAAAACCGCCGAGGGAUUCUCUAACAACGCCGGGUCAAUCGAAGGCGUCAUUGGUGUCAUCUUUGAUGUUACCGAAUUGAGGGCUCGCGAGAUGGAUCUGGUUGAGCAAGCUAAAGAAAGGCGACAACUGGUUGCCAACGAGGCUGCUGCAAAGGAGGCCAGCCGCCUGAAGAGUCAAUUCCUUGCGAAUAUGUCCCAUGAGAUUCGCACCCCCAUCACUGGCGUGAUUGGAAUGUCAGAGCUGCUCUUGGAUCUUGAGCUUGGGGAUGAGGAGCGAGAAUAUGGCGAAAACAUAUAUCGAUCUGCAAACGCUCUUCUAGCGGUGAUCAACGAUAUUCUCGACUUCUCAAAGGUUGAGUCGGGACAUUUGGACAUCGAGGAAGUCCAGUUCUCACUCUCGGUCAUCGUCGGUGAUGUGAACAAGAUGCUGAGCUUUGCAGCUGAGCGCAAGAACUUGGACUUCCAAUCCGAAAUCGCUUCGGACAUUGAAGAAGACCUUGUUGUCCUGGGUGAUCCCGGCCGAGUUAGACAGAUCAUUACAAAUCUGUUAACCAACAGUAUCAAGUUCACAAAGCAAGGCUAUGUGAGGUUUUCAGUUGUGAAGGAGAGGGAAACGCCAGACAUAAUCGAAAUUAAGUUUGUGGUGGAAGACACUGGCAUCGGCAUAGAUGCUCAGGUUCGGUCGCGUCUGUUCCAGCCCUUCAGCCAAGGCGACGCCUCGACUGCCCGCAGAUUUGGUGGCACCGGACUGGGGUUGACCAUUAGCAAAAACCUUCUCGAACUGAUGAAGGGUCGGAUGACCCUUGAGUCCGCCGAGGGCAAAGGCACGACAGCGACAUUUUGGAUUCCUUUUAACAGACCCCCUAACGGCAGUUACGAGGGAAAUCUAGUUCAGAUUGACGCGCUGCCUGACCGUCUACAGUCGGACAUAAGCGUAUCCUGCAACAGUUUAGGCGAGUCGGAGCAGAUUUCGACAGCUGCAACCAAAGGCCAAGCCGAUAGCAGAGCAAGCACUCCAAGCGGAAACAAGUCCGCCUCAUCUUUGCGUCGUAAACCAUCGAUAGCUUUGGGGCCGGCGUCUCCAGUCUUGGCUGAUCUCAGCAUGGCCGACCGAGCUGAGAUGCACGUGUUGUUGGUGGAAGACAACUUGAUCAUCCAGCAAAUCGCGAUUAAAAACAUAAAGAAACUUGGAUUCAAGGUCGAUGCCGUGUGGAAUGGCAAGGAAGCUCUGGCAUACCUUGAAGGAGCACAAGACGGAAAGAAUCCCAAGCCGGAUAUAAUAUUGAUGGAUGUUCAGAUGCCGGUUCUUGAUGGUUAUCGAACCGUUCACUUGCUCAGACAUCAUUUCCCAUACAAGACGUACGUCAACGACGUGCCUAUUGUGGCAAUGACGGCUUCAGCGAUCCAAGGAGACCGCGAGAGGUGCAUGCAGGCAGGCAUGGAUGAUUACCUCGCCAAACCUGUCAAGAGCAAACUCUUGGAAAAAAUGUUGGUGCGAUGGACAAAGGACAGGAGAAAACUACCAGAGAUGACAGCAGGGUUAUCCUGCUCCAGUUCGGAGUGUGGGGUUUCUGAUGGGAGCCUAGGCACUAUGGAGUCGCCCGCGUUGCCCCCAAUCAUGUCGGAUAUCGCCGAUUCCUUGCUACUCCGGAGGCCCAAACAGCACCAGCAGCCGGCCGUGUUACCCGUACCCGAAAACAUCAACGAGGACAAUGGCAACGGUGGAGAGAUGCCGGAUUCGUCGACGCCAAUGCCUAUACAAGAAGGGCCCCAGAGUUCAGGCUUCCGCUUGCUCAGCAAUGAGAGUGAAGGGGCCAAGUUUCAAAAGCCGUUGAGGAUAAUGGAGGCCAGCGAACGUGCCAUGCACUCACGGGACGACAAGCUUGUCAACGCCGCAGAGGAUGAGUUUUCGAGGCCGUCACCAUCAUACAGCUUGGAGGCGCCGCUAGGUAUGGGCAGUGGAUUCCUGACUGAGGAAAAUAUGGGCCGACUAGGGCUACAGGAGGCCUUGAAGCAGCAGAGGUCGUCAGGUCCAGGGGAGGGAUGA